CUUACUUUACUUUUCUACACCUAAGUAAGUAAUUGUGUGUGGAAGUCAGUUCUACGAGACUGUUUAUGGAUAACGUGGAAUCUGAGCCUGUAAGCGGCAAGUUUACUUUCCGCGGUUUGGACUACCUUGUCACCGUACAAGUCGUUCCAUGCGACGACGGUUCUGAGCAGCAGCUGUUGGUUGUCGACGUAGAGGACAAGACUACUGCUGAACAGUGGAGAGGAGAGUUCCAACCAUCAUACAUCAAAGAACUUACACAGAAGACAGGAAAUUUUAAGCAGUUUCAUGUAUUUGUGGAUAUGCUUAAAUCUGUCGUUACCAAGACUAGCUCUUCGGUAUCUUUGGAUCUCAUGACAUUUUCUGAUUUGGAGCAGCUAAGGAGCCAUCAAGGUCAUAAGUCUAGACAGCCCGUAUCAAAGCCUUUAUCGCAUGUAGCAAACAAGCGUUAUCUUAUUCUAAUGUACACGGUUGAGUUUGACAGAGUACACUGCCCAUUGCCACUGCCAUAUAUUGGAAAGCUGGAUCCUGCAGUGCAGCAAACAACCAUAAGGAAAUUACGAAGUGAGUUAGCAAAUCUAAAACGACAGUUAUCUCGAAAUCAUCGACGUUUAGAGUAUAGCCAUCUGCGAGCGUCCUAAUCCUCGCUUAUCCAACUUAUUUGACCCUCUCAUAUCCGACCUCUACUGUAUCCUGUAGAUGUAACGACAUAUUGGGUAGUGCAAGUGUUGUGAUCAUGCUAAUUCUUCAUGCUUAGACAAUUUGCAAUUUGAGAACAAGUGCAGUAUUGCGGUUGCAAACAAUGUUACUGACAAGAGUAUCUUAUGUGUGUGUACUGAAUUGUGAAGACAUUUCUCAGCAUACUUAAAUGUACUGGUAAUGGUGAGAGUAAUAUCUUGACGGACGGCUGUCUGAUUGACUUGUGUGGAGCCACUCUCCUUUGGAGGUCAUCAAUUAGCAGAUCACAGAC